AAUUCUAAAAACGAUCAGAAAAAGAGAAUAAAAAUGUCGUCCCUUUUCGGAUCAGGUCCCAGCUCUUCUAGUUUCGGUUUUGCAUUCUCCUCAUCUCCCGCCAACUCUUCUGGUUUCGCUCGUUUUGCUUCAUCUUCUGGCGGAUUCAGUUCAACAAGUCCCUUCACUGCAAAUUUAGGAAACUCUACUGGUUUCGCUCCUUUUGCUUCAUCUUCUGGCGGAUUCAGUUCAACAGGAAACCCUGCUUCGACAAUAUCAACUUCCAGUGGCACCACUGCCCAAACAUCACCAAGUGGGAGGAAAAAUUCAUCCGUCACCACUCCAGUGAAUGAGAAUACGGAGGAUGAUUUGCAAAAGAGAAUACGUUUCUUAAGCGGACUUGUCAAGGCAUUCAAGGAACAAACCCACACUGAUAUACAGCUUAAGCCUAGCUAUGGGCCCUGCAUACUAGCACACAAAGCUUUACUGGCAGCAAGAUCUGAAAUCUUCAAGAAUAUGCUGGACUCAGUUGGCUGCAAGGCUCCAUCAAGUGAUACCGAUAUGAUCACUCUCUCUGAGUUAAACACAGAAGAGCUUGAGUCUCUCCUAGAGUUUCUUUAUACUGGGAACUUGCCCUUGGAUAAGUUGGAGAAGCACGUUUUCAAGCUAUAUGCUGCAGCUGAUAAGUAUGAGAUUCCAUACUUACAAGAGUCCUGUGAGCAUUAUAUGUUGAAUUCCUUGACUACAUGGAAUGCUGUUGAUGUUUUAGAGAUCUCAGAUGCUCAUUCAAGCGAGACACUGAAGGAAGGUACUCUGAACUUCAUUGUCCGAAACAUGAAGGGUGUAGUUUCCUCACUGAAGUAUGAAGAUUUUGCUUCGAGUAACCCACAUCUUUGUGUGCAGAUGACAAGGGCGUUUGUUGAUGCCAAAAGCCAUUAAAUUAGCUAGUUGAAUUGACCAUGCCACCAAUGCAAGAAAUGGCGUUUUAGGAGGAAAGAAUUUGGGAUGCUGAUGCGAUGCAAUCAAUUGGAAGGGAAUGUAUAAAGAUCAAUGUAACUAUGGCAUUUUAGAACAAA